AUGAUAGUGUCAUCAUUUCGAUAUACUGCUCGGCAUAUGGCUGUACCUAUUAGAGCCAUAUCCAGUCUUUCUAGCAACCCUAAAAUUAAAGUUGUGAAGAAUCCCAAAACUCCUUUCACAAACUACUUGAGCUAUCUCGAGAAAGAACCGCCGGACGAGCGCCUAGCAAUUGGAACUACUAGCGAGCUCCCUCCCACUCCUCAGUCCUUCACUGAGAAUAAGGACUUCGUUAAGAUUCUCAACGAGGUGAUAACCGAGUACGGCCACCAAGACGAGGAUCUUGUGAAUCAAGCACGCGCAUUUGCCAGUCCGGGAGGCUUCAAUCUUGGCUCCGGCGGUGCUUUUUUCUCACAAAAACGACCCAAUAGAGGCGGAUCUCGCAAGCAGGGAUCUGGAGGAGGAGCUGGAGGCGACGGUGCAGGAGGUGCCAGUGCUCAGGGAGGAGCUGGUGGUGGUGGAAGAGGAGGAUAUGUGCACCUCAGCGACCGAAGGAAUCCCCCCGACUUUGGACGCAUUGCAUGGCCUGAGGAUAUUCUGGGAAGUGUUGAAGUGGACGGUAAUGGUACCAUCAUCGGCAAGGUACAGCCAAGUGGAACGUACCGUAUUCUGACGAACGAGGGAAUCUCCGAAAACCCCGCCGACCGAUCACUUUUCAACCUGGCCCGCCGUGACCUUGGGUCAGGGCAUCGCAUCGCCAUGGCUCCCCGAGGUUUCGAGGAUGAGGAGCUUACCAUUUCCCUAUCCUCCUCCCACGUUCGUCGCCCUCAACAACAGCAGCAGCAGCAACAACAGUCGCAGCAGCAGCAGCACGCUUCUGGUGAUGCCCCUGCACCCGGUUCCCGCCCCGCCGAUGCGCCGCUCAAGGAGAGGAUCAAGACAGAACAGCGCAUCGGCGCCUACAAGGUCCUGCGAACUCUAGGCGAAGGCUCCUUUGGAAAGGUCAAGCUCGCUAUUCACAAUGGAACCGGCCAGCAGGUUGCCCUCAAAAUCAUCGCCAGAAAGAAGCUUAUCAGCCGCGAUAUGGCUGGGCGUGUUGAGCGUGAGAUUGAAUACUUACAACUCUUACGCCAUCCUCAUAUCAUCAAACUAUUCACCGUUAUCAAGACACCCAAUGAAAUAAUCAUGGUCCUCGAAUAUGCUGGCGGCGAGCUCUUCGACUACAUCGUUCAACAUGGCCGCAUGAAGGAACCUGAAGCUCGCCGUUUCUUUCAGCAGAUGCUUUGUGCCGUCGAAUAUUGUCAUCGACACAAGAUUGUUCACCGUGACUUAAAGCCCGAGAACUUGCUACUCGACGAAAACCUCAACGUCAAAAUCGCCGAUUUCGGCCUAAGCAAUAUUAUGACCGACGGUAACUUUCUCAAGACCAGCUGUGGCAGUCCCAAUUAUGCAGCUCCUGAAGUCAUUGGUGGCAAGUUGUAUGCUGGUCCCGAAGUCGAUGUGUGGAGCUGCGGUGUUAUUCUUUAUGUUCUUUUGGUUGGUCGACUUCCCUUCGACGAUGAACACAUUCCCAGUUUGUUUGCCAAGAUUGCAAAGGGCACGUACAGCAUACCGCAAUGGAUGCCUACCGGCGCUGCAAACCUCAUCAAGAAGAUGCUAGUGGUGAACCCCGUGCACCGUGCUACAAUUGAGGAUAUCCGAGCCGAUCCCUGGUUCACCACCGAUCUGCCCGCUUACCUUCAACUUCCCGUUGAAGAAUUCUUCAACACUGGUGUUGACCCAAACAAAGCCAUUAAGAAGAACGACAUCGCACCCAAUGCUUCAGAAAAGGUUCAAGAGAAAUUGCAUAAUGAGGUCACUGAAAAGAUCAGUAAGACUAUGGGUUAUGGUAAGAGUGAUGUAGAGGAGGCACUGCAGGCUGCCGAACCGUCGGCAAUCAAGGACGCCUACAUGAUUGUAAGGGAAAACAAGAUGAUGCAAGUGAACCAUAAUCCUGAAGCCCUUCUAGCAGAGCCCGAGGGAUCAAGCCCCAUGCUAAGCAUGUCUUCUGCCCGCUCAACGACUUCUCAAGCUACCACCACCCCUCGCCCAUACGUGAGCAAGGUCGGUAUCUUGCCUUCAAGUUUACCAGCUUACCACAAGGACUAUAUGGAGCGGGAGAAGGCUGGUAGCGUCGAAAACUCACCACCUAAAGUGCUCAUCAACGAUGAACCCUCCAGCAACAGGACAGAUGCUGAAAAGGAAGAGACAGCGCGCCGUUUACGGCCCCAUUCGAGAAGCCAAUUGCGUAUGGACGAAGCCAACACAAGGCCUCAAGGGAUGACCCCUAUUAACCCCCCUAAAAAGAAUAAGCCAGUUCGUUGGCAGUUUGGCAUCCGAUCACGUAACUCGCCAUGGGAAGCCCUUCUGUGCAUCCACAAGGCACUUCAUAAAUUGGGCGCGACAUACAUCCCCGAUGAAGAUUAUGAAACAAGAACUGCAGAGGAGCGAGCUGAAGCUUCUGGUGAAGGUAGCUUUGCGGAUUCUCACGAUAAUAACCGGGGCUCAAGUUCAAGUAUCGAUCCUAAGAAACGUUACAAUCUUCCCGCAGAUCCUUGGCACAUCAAUGUGCGCUGGGAUACUUCUGCCAUCAAGAAGAAGGCGGCCAGCGUUCCUGGCACUCCCAGCUCGCCGAGCACACCAGAGGGCCAACAUCACCCCAAAGAGCCUUUCGUUGCGCUACAUAUGGACAUACAAAUUUACGAAAUGGAACAUGGCGUGUACUUGGUCGACUUCAAGUGCUCUGGAUACGAGACAGCCCAUGGCCGACUGCUCGAGGAAAAAGAUGUCACCAGUCCCUUUCCCUUCCUGGACAUGGCCGCCAAAUUGAUCAUGCAACUGGCCGAGGCUGAUUGA